CCUGGAUAAAUGUUUUUGACACUUUGUUUUUGACCACGCUCCGAGGCAUUUCAAAAAUUUUGAGCGUAAUCAUAUAAGAAAAGGAAAUGAUGACAAUGCUGUAUCAGAAAUAGAUUUGCAAUGUAGAAUGCCAAGGAUCUUGUUGUAGCAUUUUUGGGUUGCAAGAAUCUUCCCAGAUGCUGCGUAAUUAUGCCGAAGACAUACGAUGUUCGUAUCACAACUCUGGACGCGGAAUUAGAGUUUUCAGUCGAGGUUAGUUCAUAAACACAACUGCUGCUGUAUGUUGUUUACAUGGCAUCUAUUAGCGUCCUUUUCACUGUAGAUUCUUUAUUUAAACGCGUUAAUUUGAUAAAUUACGCCGUUUUCGUCUCUCUCUCUCUCUUACAGAGAAAUUGCACUGGAAAAGAGUUGUUCGAUCUCGUCGUACGAACCCUGGGUGUUCGGGAAACAUGGUAUUUUGGCUUGCAAUUUGUUGAUCGGAAAAAUGUUGUUACGUGGCUAAAAUUUAAUAAGAAGGUAAGGUUAUGUAGGUAGACACAGGUUUAUUUUGACGUAAGUCAUUUGAAAAAUUAAUGUCAAUAUCAACCGCUUAAACGCAGCAUGUGAGCAUGGUGGAACUUCAAGUAAUCACUGCUCAUUACAGAGUUCCUUACUUAUGUCGGAUCUCAAUUCAUUAGCGUACGUGCUAUUAACUUAAUAGUUUUCAUUAAGCUCAUUUUUGUGGCAUGUACAUUAUUUGUUGACGUUUUGAUAAGCUAGCGAUACAAUUUUCUGUUUUCAGCGUAAUUCCCACGACAUAUGUAUUUUUCUUCAUUUUUGGCUUAUCUUGUAAAUUUACUGUAUUUAACUAAUAAUAAAAUUUCCAACGCCACACUUACAUGUAUUUGAGCCUCGAAAACCAAGGCUGAAUUCAGUGAAGCCUUGAUUUAAAAUUUGGGAAAGUUCGGAGGGCAAAUUAAAAAAAUCUGUCCAUUUGAUGAAAAACUAUUUUUGCAUCACAGCUGACACUACGUACUAAAUAACCCAGAGCGAAUCAAAACAAUAGCUAAAAGCCUCGUAAGGUUGCCUUUUGUUCGCACAAUUGUCAUUGUAAGCAGGUGGUCGUGCAGUCGUCAUUAUAUGGUUGAUUUAUCUUUUGCUUGAAGCAUAUUUACUCUGUGAGGUAUGAGGUAUCACACGCCCUUCUUUAAUGGCUAGAAAAUUAGAUUGAUCUAGUAUCGGGCGGUUAAUUAAUCUGGUUGCAUCAAUUAAAUUUGUGUACGCAAAAUGCCAUGUGGCUUCAGGUAGAAAAUUCAUCAAUGUUAAUUGUUAAAGUCUUUUAGGGUGUUUAUCAUCCUUGACUGAUUUUACAUGAUAAGGUGUCAAAUAUUUAAUUGUUUUUCAUUUAAUUCACAUCUUGUCCUUAAAAGACAUUUUCUCCAUUUAAGAAUGUUUGUAAACAAUUUUAAUUUUCAUAGCUCUAUGAUGUCAGUAAUUUUCUGGAGAACAAAAGUGUAUCAAGAAUAAAAUUUAUAUUGGCAGUCAUUUGAUUGUUAAUCUGAUUUCUCUGAGAAUCCAACGUUUACCGGAGUGUCAAAUUUCAAUGGUUAUAUUGUCCAUUGUAUGUAUGUAAUAAUAACUAUUUAUUUUGUGUAAAAUAAUGAGAGUAAUGCGAUUAAGGUAACACUGUUCAUUGAUUAUAAGCAUGUUCUGAGACGAAAGUGGAAAAGUAUUAUUCAUCUCGGCAGUCUUGACCUGCUCCCUGAACAAAAGCUAGACAAAAGCUUCCAACACUUGUCUCUUCAAAAUAGGUUACUAUCAUAUUUUUGGAAAUUUAAUUGGUUAUUGCACAGCCAAUUCAUGCAAAGAACAAAAGAUAAUGCAAAAGUAAGAUUUAAAUGAAUAAAACUCAAAUAAUUUGCAUAUUAUAUGGCUCAGUCUGUUUCUGCUGUGCGAUCAGUCAAUUUGUGGUCUGUAACUUGUUAUACAGACCAAAAUCUCAAGAGUAAAUGCUCGUGCACUUCACAGCUCUAAAUCUCUUUAUCUCGAAAAAAACAAGGGUUUAAAAAAAGUUAUAAGACAUCUUUCAACCUUGAGGACUUGAAUGCUGACUUUGUCCUUCAACAUUUUGACCUGUGUUUACUUGUGAAUAAAGGCGAUGAAGAAACUGAAUGAUAAUCUUAUCAAAGAAGAGGAUUUUAGUCAGUGUUAUCGCAGUACACAGUUAAAAAGACGAAAAUCAACUGGCACAGAUUGGAGGGGUUUUGCCCAAGAGAAAACAACCAAUUCUUUUGACAAAUAUGAUACCAAACAUCACUGCAAAUACCUACACUGCUGCACCUGAUCAUCUUGACAAGCUUCUUUGCCAUUUGCAAUGUUUUUUUUUCAAAGACCAACGAAAGAAAGAUGGAAGCAUCUUUGAGCCAUUCACAAUGUCAAGUUUUCCAAAGACUCCAGCAUCAUGUGCAUUGGCGAGUGAAUACUUACAGUGCUAUUAGUUUUGAAGAAAUAAAUUUCUUCACCGUGGCAAAUUUGCAUUUUGAUUAUGGAAAGCCUUUGUAAUGUCCUAUAGUUUCUGUGAGCCAAUUAAAAAUCACUUGUUCUGCACUUCUUUCUGGUCCCCCAAACAAGAAGCCAUGCUUGUUUACAAUUCAAUUCAUCCAUGAGCUCGCUCCUAGGAGCCUUUCAUUGUACAUUUCUCUGCUGCCAUUGCACAACUACAACAUGAAAAUGCUUAAUUUCACAUUCUGUGGAGCACAUUUUACAGGUCUUGGAUCAAGAUAUUCCAAAGGAGGAUCCAGUGAGUCUAAAUUUCCGAAUCAAGUUUUAUCCUGAGGAUGUAGCUGAGGAACUCAUGCAAGAAAUAACACAGCACUUGUUUUUUCUGCAAGUAAAGGAAGCCAUUUUGAACAUGGACAUCUUCUGUCCGCCAGAGGCAUCUGUUCUCCUAGCUUCCUAUGCUGUACAAGCUAAGGUAAAGAUACUCAGUACCGUAAAUCCUCUCUUAAUCCCUCUCAAAUAACCCCCCUCCCUAAUAAUCUUUCUUCCCCUUUUCAGGGGAAGAAAGUUAAUUAUAGUUUAUUUAUUGUGAAUGUAAACAAAUAAAGCUUAAGCUAUGUUAAUAAGCCCCCCCCCCCUUCUCCACUCCCCUAAUUAUUCCUGACUAAUAAAUGAUAGAGUGUAUUAAUCAAUCAUCAAGUUUGUGUGGGCUGAUCCAGGGUGGUUUAUUUACCAAAUGGAAGUUUAGAUAAAUUUUUCUUCUGAUCCUCAGCAGCAUGACCUCCAACCUUCUUGUACUUGAACGUUUCCACUUUGUAUUCUAGUUCUUUAUGGAGAACUGAUACCAUUAAAUUAAAUUCCCCCCCCCCCCAUUCAAAUGGGCUUGAAUUAAUAAGCUCCCCCAGGGGGCUUAAUAGAGAAUUUAUGGUAAUUGAAUUAGACACCUACUAAGUUACGACCACAGGUACAGUGGUAAUAGCUCACAAUAGAUGAUGUUUAUCGCUAAUUAUUGUAUCUUAUUGGUACGCAAUUGUCCUUGAAGAGUGCUAACUUUUUUCAAAUUUUGUUUUGUUUUAUUCUAGUAUGGGGACUAUGACAAGGAAUUUCAUACUCCAGGAUUUCUUACAAAUGAUUUAUUGCUUCCUCAAAGGGUCAGUAUUUGGGAGUUAAUGUGGUGAUCCUUUCUAUGAUUUGACUGCCAAUUGUAGUGUUAUUACCUAGCUGUAUGUCAAGAGGUUCCACUAACGUGUUAAAUACAUUUAAAUGCAAUUUAAAGGAGUUAACAACUAAGAGCACCUUAAGUGCCCGAAGUCAGCGGUCUUUGGCAUUCGCAUGCCCAGUAGCUGGCUACAUCGAUCAUGUGAUUCAUUGACGCGUUCAGUUUUCCUUUGUGCUAGGUUCUGUCAACUUAAGCAACAACAGUGGCGAUGGCAAUGAGAAGGGCAAAAAUGCAGAAUUUUAUAGUUUUUAUAAGCAAAACAACAACUUUGCACAUGCAUAACAUUUUUUUUGUUCAUAUCUUUGUUGUCAUUGCACAACUAGGAUGUGAAACUUCCUAAUUUCAAGUUUUAUGGAAGAUGUGGACACGAGGCAAAAUUUUGAUUUGUCCCGCUUGUGUCAAAAUAUUUUCUAACUUGUGGAAGGCAAAGAGAUCUUUUAAACCAAACGUGCAUCCAUAUGAUUCAGAAAUAGAGAACAGGAGAGUAUAAGACAGGAAAACUGUUAUAAUGAAUAUUUCGUUCCACCACCCAUCCAUAGGAUACUUCCUUGAAAGUUAUAUUUCAUGAUCUUCAGGGAAAAUUUUCCCUCUGAAAUGAAGCCUGGUAAAUGUUCAGCAAAAAAAAACUAACAAAAACGGGCAAAAAAGUGAAAAAAAGGGGAAGGAGAAGAAGCAAAAGGUAAACAUAGAGAAGGCAGUGUCUCUUUCAAACAAAACAUCUUGAAAUUUUUCAACUUUUCCCCCAAACUUCAGAAGCUUCAGUUUUGCACCGGGGACAGACUGAAGCCAGAAUAGUUUUCUAAUAGUAUUUUCACUUUUGAUUCUUUUGGCCUGGAAGUGACCAGAAAACAGCUCCACCUGUUUAGUGUUUUAGUUCAGACAAUAUAUUAUUUUGACCAAAAUUUCCAGGAUCAAAUGCAUGGUUUAAUGUCAAGGUAUGUUUUUCACAAAGCACUAAAAGAUUACAUGCACAGCAACACCUGAUGAGCACUGUUUUUGUGGCAGUUGUGCUUUCAUUAAAGAAAAUUUGUUUCACGAUUAAUUUAUGCUUCAGGUUAUUGACCAGUACCAGAUGACAUCAGACAUGUGGGAAGAAAGAAUUACCUCAUGGUAUGCUGAACACAAAGGAAUGAGAAGGUGUAACUGUUUUUCUUUCUCUGCUGUUAGUACAGAAAAUGGUCAUCUUGAUUAAUAUUAGGUUUCAUGUGUCUCGUAUGCUUGAGUUUUGAUAGUGCCAGGGGCUUAAGCAACUCUUGGAGUUGAUCAUAGUGCAAUGCAGUUGGUCGUUUAUUUUGAUCUUGGUUGCAAAAGACAAAUAGGGACAUAGCCAAAAGUCAAACACCAACUUAGGCAGAGCUUUUUUGCUGUUGAAAAUAAUUAAGAAUAAAAAUAAGUGGUGGUUGAUCCUUACACGACAAACUACCCAAAAUGCCAAGAUCUGGUGGCAUCACUCUGUGGGAGGUGGUGAUUUUUAUUAUGAUAGGUGAUUCCACAUGAGACAUGGUUCCACAUGAAGGUUUCACUGUUCUUUGUUUUUUUUCCCUUACUUGCCCCUGUUUAUAAUUCCUGGAGUCAACAUAAUUGUCAUCACGGAACUGGGGUGCCUUACCUAGAAAGUUAUGCUCUGCGAUUAAUAUUGCCCAUUUGUGUUUCAAUUCUAGUCAUUGGACUCUCACUUUAAGUGUUUGGUCAAAGCAAAUUUGUUUUGGUUUGGCAAUUGUUAACUCAAUUAGCUUUUUUAACUAUCAUUUCAUUUACACCAGAGAUGAAGCAGAAAUGGAGUACUUGAAAAUAGCACAAGAUUUAGAGAUGUAUGGAGUGAGCUACUUUGAAAUCAAGGUACUGUGACUCCUAAGAACAGUCAGUCCUUCUGAAAGGGUUCUUUAGUUAAGACCAGUUGCAUUAUAUAAGGGUCCCAACAUAUAGUUACUACUAUCUGUACUGAAAAGUUUAAAUAGGCCUUAAAGCCCUGGCUAAAUGAUCAAAUGUUUUCAUCCAGCAUCGUGUUUGAAGAGCUUGUUUUUCUGAUUAGCCACCUCUCUUAACAUUGCAUUUAAAUGGCUUUCAGCAUCUAACAUUUUGCAUCCGCAAACAAAUGUUAAAUUGUUCAGUGGUGGAUCUAGACUUUGAGGAAAUGGGGGUGCUGCUCGUCCUCACCUUGUGUUCAGGGAAAGGGGUCUCAUAAUAAUAAUUUUUUUUUCUUGGGCCAUCAUUUUGGUUGAAAAAUGUUCAAUGAGGGCUUGGGCCCCUCCCCUGGAUCCACCACGGUGUUUAAUAAACAUUUGAAUUGAUGCAUGUUUACCUCAGUGCCUAUUAUUGAUUGUAUUGUUGUCCUCUCUUUGCAUCAUUACAUUAUAACUGAUAUCACUUUACACUGUUUUCCUGUUAUUUUGUAAAUUAUUUGAAAGUUUGGUGUACAGCUUUACUUUAACGCAGCAAAGUUGUGGCCUUGUACACAAAAAUGUUUUUUACUGUAUCUGUUCAAACAACUGAAUGGCAAGUGAAUGGAUAGACAAGCCAUUCAAAACAGAUUUCAUGGACAACUGCAGAAAUAAUUUUAGAACAGUUGAAGGAAUGGCUGAAGGAAAUGUUUUCUUUAACACUUAGUGGUUGCCCUUGUCAUUUUGCAGAACAGAAAAGGGACAGAUUUGUGGCUUGGGAUUGAUGCCCAUGGUUUAAACAUAUACGAGAAAGACAACAAACUUAAUCCAAAAAUCUCCUUUCCUUGGAAUGAGACAAAGAAUAUUUCUUUUCACGAUAAACGAGUAAGUGUCCAUUAUAAUCCCAUUUUCAAUGUCAAAUCUGGAGAACCACAAACACCUGAAAUAUCUCAGGAUUGGUAUUGUGUUGUUACCAAUCACUUGAGGAAGCCACAACUGCAAAGUAAUUUCAGUUGUUGCUAGCAGUUUCAGGGCUGUAACUAAGGGCUCAGGGGCUGGGGAAUUCCAUGGCUGCUAUAAGCAUGACCCAUGGCUACCUUCAUUGGAGACACAAGGAAAAUAGCGUCAACAGAACUUUGGUUGUUUACCAUUUACAAAAACUUUCCAGAAAAUCCGUUUGGAAAGUAAAUGGAACACGGCUUUUCAGGUCGUCAGUUUCAGUGGAACAUAUCCCGGAGCAAUGGAACGUCUGAAAAGGCAGCCUUCUUGUUUUACCGGUCGCGAUAUCCAAACAGACAUUUGUGUUCCAUUUCUUCAAAGCAAUCUUUGAUACCAGUUUCAGCUUUCCACGGCUGUUUUUUGGCAUAACGGUAACUGUUUAGUGCAAAUGGUGAAAGCAACUCAGGGAUAAAAUUUAUCAGUCUUGAAUUUUGCUCAUCAUUCACCCACACCAUAAACGUGUCAGUUGGUGAACUACCUUUUUAACUAUUCAGUUCAAUGUAUGCUUACUAACUUCAUACACGCUGAAACUUGAAAUUUUAGUAAAAGCCCUACAGAGUCUAGUUUUCGCAUCCUUGAUGCCUGAUUGGUUUUAUUAUCUGCAACCUGGCAAUAACACUACACAGUAAUGAAGUCUUCUUGAGCUACACACCCAUUUUUUUAAUGAAGUCAAAUCAUAUACACUAAUUAAGUCUACACAUGGCUUCUUUUACUUAGUUUCAGAUCAAACCAGCAGAAAGAUCAUCCCCAGAUUUUAUAUUUCAUGCAGCAAAACUUAGAGUCAACAAAGUGGUGCGUAUGCAAGCAGAAUAACUGUGUUUUUUCAGUACUUUGUUGAAUGUAUAAUCUGGUUGUGUGACACAGAUACUAAAAUGCCCUGAAAAUUAUAAUAAUUUUCUCUUCAUACUUUCCUUUCAUUUUUUUUCCAUGACAGAUUCUUGAUUUAUGUAUUGGUAAUCAUGAACUUUUCACACGGAGGAGAAAACCAGAUACUAUGGAAAUGCAACAGAUGAGAUCUUUAGCCAGAGAGGAGAAAAUGAGACGGCAGGUGAAUGUCAAAAGAUUUCUGUUUAUUCAGUUUUCAAGCGUUUAUGCAAGAGAAGUGUGUGAGAACUUAUUCCAACUUUAUGUGAGGGGUAGCCAAAUUUUCCAAACUCUUUAGCACCCAUGACUGAUGAGUGUUUGCAGAAGAGUAGAAUAAACGAAAAAAGCAACCAAUCUUGAUUUUAUUUUUAUGAAUGGGAACCCUGCAAAAAGUGGGGUUUUCAUAAGCUGACAGAAAAAUUGUUUUAUGAAAGUCGUAGAAAAUUUAAAAGUAUAAAGGCACUUGAUAUAAUAAUUAAUUCAAUUCAUAUAUACCUUUUAACUUUUGCAUCCAGUAUCACAUAAUUUAUAGAACUAAUGUACAACGACAUUCAUAAACACUUGAAAUAACACUCAAAAUAUUUGUAACAGUAAACAACAUACAUAUUUGCUUACUUUUUGGUAUUCAUUUUAAAAUUGUUUGUUGUAGAUCGAGAGGGAUAAGCUGAUGAAAGAACAACAAGCACGUGAGGAAAUAGCUCAACAAAAGGAGGAGCUUGAAAGAAGAAUGAUAGAAUACCAGGAAGAAGCUAGUAGAGCCAAGGAAGCAUUGGUAAAGAAAUUUCCCAAGAGUGACCAAUAUCAAUUUUCUCCUAACUGAGUCAAUACAUAAUCAAGAGAAAAGGUUGUGAGAAUUGAUAUAAUGAUCACCAAAGAAAAAAUGCAUAGAUCCUUUAUCAAAUUCUCUUAACUGGCUCUUUAAGGAAAUGUACGGAGAUCAGGCUGAAGAAUUUGUAUGUAGAUAUUUGGGCAUAAAAUGAUCACCAAAGAAAAUAUGCUUUGAUCCUUUAUCAAUCAAAUUCUCUUAACUGGCUCUUUAAGGAAAUGUAUGGAAAUCGGGCUGAACAAUUGAGGCCUUAGCGGUUAAGCAAAUGAAUGCCUGCCCAACUAACCAAACUGUAUAAUACCUUGGUGCGUACUCUCAUUUAGGAAAUGAGGUUAUAGUACUGUUGAGAAAGAAAAAAUAUAGUAAAAAAAUAGAGUAGUGCUGAGAAAGAAAAAAUGCUUUGAUCCUUUAUCAAAUUCUCUUAACUGGCUCUUUAAGGAAAUGUAUGGAGAUCAGGCUGAAGAAUUUGUAUGUAGAUAUUUGGGCCUUAGGGGUUAAGCAAAUGAAUGCCCGCCCAACUAACCAAACCUUUAUAAUACCUUGGUGCAUACUCUCAUUUAGGACGUGAGGUUUUAGUACUGUUGAGGUUUCGAAGAACUUUUUUUUGCGGUAUCUCGGCAGUAGUUACAUCAGUUUCGGUUUUAAAAAAUGAAACACUUUACUUGGACACAUUAACUAAGAAUAACUUUAUGUUGUCUUUUCUAGAUUAAAUCUGAAGAGAUGGGUGAAUUGUUGGCCGAGAAGGCCAGAGUGGCUGAAGAAGAAGCAGCUUUGCUCGGGAAAAAAGCCUCUGAUGCAGAAGAAGAAAUUAAAAGACUCCGAAUGAACGUCAGCAAGGUAUGCAUGCAUAUGUUGUACUUGAUUUUUUUUUUCCCAGUUAAUGUUUGUUUUUCCAUUGUUUUUGGGUAUGGUAAUGUAUGCUAAUGAAUUUGAAACAAAGGGGAAAAAAACUACAACUGAUACAAGUAUAUUUCAUAGGGGAGAGUGUAGGAUACAUCGAGACCACCACCCGUGCAUGAACAUUCUUGACAAGAAACAGGCACCACAAACAUGUCGAACACUAGGGGAAGCGGAGCUUAUCAUUUUAAAUGAUUAUUCCUUGACCAAUACUGUGUUUGUUUACUCGCUUUUUUUUUUUACAGUCAGGAGACGAGCGAGUUGCUAUGGAAAGAAGAGCUCGUGAAGCAGCAGAAGAAAGAUUAAGGAGAGUCAUGCAAGAGGCCGAAGCAAGGUAAAACAAAGUGUUCGCGACGUUUGGAACAUACAACAUCCCAUCGCAAAAUCAUUGAGUAACUGAAGCAGUUCAGUAUUUAGUUAAAGUAAUUAUGAAAAUAGUCAAUUCCUGAAUGAGGCCCCGGUUGUUCAAGCGUCGGAUAGCGUUAUCCAUCGUGAUAAAUCACUAUCCAGCGGAUAAGUAUUAGGAAUUAAACCGAUUGCACUAUCCACUGGAUAGAGAUUUAUCCACUUGACAGCGUUAUCCACCUUUUUGACAACUGGGCCCAGAACGUUAAUUUGGCUUUCUACCUUAUCACGCGGCUAUUCUGUUGUGGUGUGUUGGAGCCUUUCUGAAACGGUUGGCAGAAAAUGAAAAUUGUUGAACAAAACAGUCAUGCCGCUAAGCGAGGUGACUAUUAAGGCUGUACAUCACAAGUGAUAUAAAAUAUUCUUAUCUGAAUUUUAUCAACAUCGUAGAGCAAGGGAAUCUUUACUGGUAAGAGAAGAUUUGAUGAAAUC